AAACUGCAAACAGUAUGUUAAAAACUGUUUAAAAAAUGCACAAAAAGAGUCCCCAUGUGUUAAAAAACACCAUGCACUUCAUGCUCAUACGCUCUUUGUGGUGUUAUGAUACCGUGUGCUGAGUGAAAGGUUUGAAAUGACGCUGUUUGUGUGAGUGAACUUGCAUAACACGGGAUCAGGCUGAUGGGAGGAGCAGGCUCAGUGAGGACAGGGAGCCUGUAAAACACGUUCAGCUGAGCCUCCAAUCCAGUCUGCGUCUCUCCCUGCAGCCGGGAGCAGCUUAGUGACACACUAACCUGUCAGCUGGAACCCUUUUACUUUGUUUUUAUCCGACGGGGAAGACUUACCUGUCUGUGGCUGUGUGUGUGUGUAAGAGAGUGUGUGUGUGUCUGAGGAUGGAUGCUGCUGCUGAAAGCACCGAGAGAAGCGACCCGGUGAGCCGGCUGGAGAGGAGCAGCCACACGGCGUUCAUCGACGGGAGCACGCUGUAUGUGUGGGGAGGGUACCAGGUUGUUGCAGGAGAGGACGUCAUACUGCCAAGCGAUGAGAUAUGGCUCUGUGAUUUAAACAGCGGCUCAUGGGAGCGGAGGGAGAUCACCGGAGACAAACCUCCAGACUUAUCCGGAUUCUGUGGUUCUCACGUCAACGGCCAACUCUACAUCUUUGCAGGAUGUGACCCCAGUGGGUACACAAACCAGAUGUACAGCGUCGACCUCACAGAGGAGCUCUACACGUGGAGGAAGCUGACCGACACCUUGGGAACGACGCCCUCACCCAGAAACAAACACUCAUGCUGGGUUCACAAAGACAGGUUAAUCUACUUUGGUGGAUAUGGAUGUAAGACCAUAGGGGAGGUCCAGAACACAUCAUCGACAAACUUCAUCGUGGAAGAGAUGUCCUGGACGACCAUUGGAAACACGUUAUUCAGGUGCUGGGGCUGGAACAAUGAAGUCAAUGUGUUCGACACGAAUUCAGCAACAUGGAGCAUGCCCGAGACGAAGGGUCCUGUUCCUGUCCCCCGAGGCUGCCACGCCAGUGCCUUAUUGGGGAGCAAGGGUUACAUCUCCGGUGGUGUGGAAAAGGCAGAGUUGGACAUGUUCUGCUUGGACCUGGAGACGUGGACCUGGACUCAAUUUGACAUCUCCCCGUCAUGUUCACCUCUGGGCCGUCUGAUGCACACCAUGACGCCCGUAUCAGAUGACACGCUCUUCGUGUACGGUGGCCUCGGCACAGAUGGAAAAACUCUUAAUGACGCCUGGCAGUUUAACACACAGAAGAGAGAGUGGAGCAAGCUGACGCACCCACACAAGGACAAACCCAGGGUUUGUCACUCAGCGUGCCUGGGAAGCGACAACGAUGUAGUCGUGUUCGGAGGCAGUAGCAACAUGUGCAUCCUUGUAGACUCGGUGGCUGUUCUGAGGGCGCCAUCGCAAAAUCAGUGCAAAGACGUGAUCAUCUUUCAGACCCAGCCAUACUCCCUCUUCAGACUGUGUGAAGACUUCAUGGGAAGAAACCCGGAGCGGUUCGUGAAGCAGCUGAACUGGCUCCCGUCGAAGCUUCGCAGCAAAAUCGACAAGCGGGUGACCUUUUUCUCUGCCGCCACGCCCGUCCUCACAGCUUAAACAGCACGUCUGUCCUUUUUUUAGAUUCUGAGCCAGUCUGUCGUCACAGAAACGUUUUCAUUCUUUAUGUUGGGAAAAUAUGUUUUUGUGUAAUGGUUUAAAAAAAAAAAAUGGUGCUAAUGUUAAAUUGUUUUAACUUAAACAUGAUUUGUAAAUAAAGUUUUUUGCCUUAUUUUUAAAAACUAGUUUAGAUUAGGUUCCAUUUUACUGUUCUAGCUGUUCAUGUGCAAUCUGUUGAAUAAAGGUAUUGAUAUGUUGUAUAUUA